AUGUACAGUGUUCUACAGACUUUAUUAAUAAUACCAAAAAGAAUAUUAAAACUAACAAUAUAUGAAAUAUUGUGGAUUAGUGUUGUGUCUUUAAUAGUGGUUUUCAUUUGGAAAUGUCAGAAUAAAGGAAUUCGAAUAAAUAAAUAUUCUCAUAAUAUUUAUUCUGAUAAUCCAGUAAUAGUGUGGUGGACUUCAGGAUUUCCCGGAACUUCCAAGACUAUAAACUGUCAAGAUGUCAUUAAAUGUGAUUUAUUUAGUGAUAUUAAGGUAAAUGAAGUUAAUAAUGUUGAAGCAUAUUUAUUUUAUGCAAGUAAUAUACAUUUUGAUAAUCUUCCAUUGCCAAGGAGAGAGGAUAUGAUUUGGGGCUUAUAUCAUGAAGAAUCCCCUAGAAAUGUGGAGGAACUAAUGCAUGAAGUGACAUUAAAUUUAUUUAAUUAUUCUGCUACUUUUAGCAGAUACAGUGACAUUCCAUUUCCAUUACAAUAUUUAGAAUCCUUAAAUGAUAUAACCAGUAUUAAGUAUUUUGUACCAACAAAAACUAAAAAUGUUUUACUUCAGGAAAUUGCGCCAGUAUUAUAUCUCCAAAGUGACUGUGAAACAGCAACGGAAAGAGAUGCAUAUGUGAAGGAACUUAUGAAGUUUAUUAACAUAGAUUCUUAUGGGGCUUGUUUAAAAAACAAAGAAAUGCCCAAGAAAUUUACAGAGGACUACUUAAAUAAUUUAAAUGAUGAAAAUUUUCUUCGAUAUAUUGCAAGAUAUAAGUUUGUUUUGGCCAUUGAAAAUGGUGUUUGUGAUGAUUAUGUUACAGAAAAAUUUUGGCGAGCAAUUAAAGUUGGCAGCGUACCAAUAUAUUUCGGAUCUCCAUCAGUAAAAGAUUGGUCUCCAAAUAAUAAAUCUAUUAUCCUUUUAGAAGACUAUCCCACACCAAAGCGAAUGAGCGAUUAUAUUAAGAGGCUAACAAAAAAUGAUACUUUGUAUGAAGAGUAUUUAUCUCAUAAGGUUAAAAGAAAAAUAACAAACAUAAGACUGAUAAAUGAAUUUAAUACAAGACAGUAUCAAACGGAUGCUUUAGAGGUAGCUGGAAAAUUUGAAUGCCUUAUUUGUAAAAAACUCCAUGACAAGAGAAAAGGGAACAUGGAAGUUAGAAUAGUGGACAAGAAGCAUUAUAACUGUCCAAAACCGAUCUCUGCAUUAACACUGCAAGUGAAUCCUUUAAAUGAUUGGGUAUAUUCGUGGGGAGCAGCUAAGAAGAGAUCCGAAGAUAUUUACAAAAGGAUUGUGGGUUAU